AUGGGCAUUACCAUCAUCGGCGUCCUCGCCUUCGCAGGCAUAGCAGUCAGUUCACCCCUUGUAUCCGGGCCAGGAUUCCUCCCUGUACAAAAGAGUGAUAGCUCCUCUAUCAAUAUCCUUCCAUUCGUUGCAUCAUCGCCCACGCCCGUUGCCCUUGUCGACCACCGACCCCGCAUCAAAGUGACUAUCAACCCUACUUCCCAGACCCCAAAUCUCCCCACCUGGUGGCCCGUGGAUUCGAAGGUCCAUGUCGUUGUCCCUACUUCGACUUCGACGACAUCUACUACCUCUACGAGCGUUGAGGUUAGUGCGCUGGUUGGGGUCGUGGCUCCGUCCCCGACCACCACGUCGUCCACCACUGUUGCUGUGGUGGUGGCUUUGUCGACGAGCUCGAACUCUUCGGCUGUUGUUGUUGUGCAGCCAUCUGCGGCACUUACGCUCAGUGCCACAUUUGGCUCGCCGACGGCAGCCACGUCCGGAGCAACCGCGACGCCAGCCGCAGCUACUUCUUCUGCAUCGUCCAGCUCAUCCUCGGGGGAUCCGCUCGUAGUCGUUCCACCACCUCUGUCUCCACUGCCGAUCGUCUCUUCUUCCUCGGCUUUGGCCACGCCCGUAGUGGUUAUGACACCAACUACUGUGUCCACUUCCACUACACUGCCUUCGACUGCGUUUUCCACCUCCGACGACUUCCUCUUCACCCCGGAUCGACUAACCACAACUGUCACGCCAACGUCCACGUCGACUACUACCUCGGUGACGACUAUAACCUCGACGUCGACAACGACGACGAUGCCAACAACAAGUGUUUCAACCACAGAAACCUCGAGUGAUCCCGCCGCUACUCUGGCGCUCACUUUCAACGCGCUCGCCGAGAAGGUCAAGUUCCACGAUGAACAGAUCGAGAAUCUAGCAUGGGUCGCCGCGAUUGACAAUGAGCGUGUGUCUGACCGUUUGGAUGAGGCUAUCGGGGCUCUAGAGAAGCUUGCAAACCAGACCACAGACGGUUUUUACAAGUACAAAGAUAGUAUCGAGGAGCUGGCUAACCAGGUCGAGUGGAAAUUCGACGUGGUUUACCGAGCUAUUAACGUUACAAAUCUUCUCGAAGGCCAGGAUUUGGAAACAACGCGUAAAGGUAUCAAGAAUUCGAGGCAGAGGGUCUGGGACCUCGAACUCCUUACCGAACGUGUAGAAUAUCUGGAGACCGAGAACGACAAGUGGAACCAUGAGGGAGGGCACGACCCGGUGGAUGCGCGCUUGGAGGCUCUCGAGGAGCAAAACGCUUACUUGAAGCAGAAGCUCGAGGACCUCCUGGGCGCUGAGAAGGAUGCUCCCGAGCGGGCUGAGGACCACACCGAGGAGGAAGUCUAUGAGUAG